AUGGGGGGGCCACUGUCACCGAUUAUCGCAGAUAUAGUUAUGGAUUACGCGAUAAGCAAAAUCUUGGAAAAAGUUCCAGGAAGAGUGAUAUGUCUGACCAAAUAUGUCGACGACAUUUUUUGCUUAGUGCCGCACGACAAAGUCACAGACACUCUUGCACUCUUCAAUGAAUACCACCCGAAACUCCAAUUCACUGUUGAGGUAGAAAGAGAGGAGGGACUUCCCUAUCUGGAUACUUUUGUGAUCAGAAAACCCGCUAAUCUUGAGACCAUGUGGUAUAAAAAACCUAUUGCAUCCGACAGAAUGUUGAAUUUCCAUUCACAACAUCCUCUAAGACAAAAAAUAGGAACUGCCAUCGGCCUCAUAAAUAGAGUCGACAAACUCACAACAAACAACAAGGAACAAGUGAAAGACAUCGUCUUCUCGAAGCUCAGAGUGAAUGGAUUCCCGCCUAAACUCAUCAAUGUACUUUGGAACAGGCAGAUUGGACGACAAGUAGCUCACAACACUAGCCAGAAUAUGCAAACCAAUACAGAGGCCGUGUACAAAUCGAUCACUUACAUUCCCAAAUUGAGUGAUGCGAUUAAGAGAAUUUUGUGCGCCGAAACACAAACAAUCAAACUAGCAUUCAAAUGCACUCACACAAAUUCGAUUGCAUCCCAUCACAGGUACAUUUAUCAGUCUCAGGGGUCAAAUAUCACAGAUCUUACUCACAAUAGAUUGCAUCCCAUCACAGCGUGCCACAAUCUCAGAUACAGUUCUGUCCAGCCUGGUCAGAGUACACAGUCCACCAGCAUGUCUACCAUAACUCAAGAAAGAGAUUUUAUUCUCACGAAGAUAAAUGAGCUUGAGCAGCAAGUCGCCACAACACCGUUUGCUUCGUAUUCUGCAGAACGUCUUCCGGAAGUCGAAAGCAACUUGGUAUUUGUUGAAAAGUCAAAGGAUCGAUUUCUUGCACUUCACCAUGAUAUCAGCAAGCGACUCAAGGUGCAGGAUAAAAUAGAUUCUGAGGCUGAAGUGCUGAAUACGUUUCUUUCCUUGUGCCAUACAAUCGAAAUGACACUUAAUGAAGUGGUGUUCAGGCUUCGAGAAAAACCAACCCAGCAGACCACACAUUCACCCGUGGAUCAACAAAUGAUGACUUUCCUUGUUAAAUCCAUUAUGGAUCAGCAGAAGAGUGUCAUGAGUGAGUUAUUGGGAACACACAAAUCAGGAAUUGAAGCUGUGGCGAAUUCAAUCAACACACGCUCGUCAAGGUCGAAUCUUAAGCUUCCUCAAAUUGAUCUCCCUGUUUUCACUGGAAAUAUUUCUGACUGGCAAGAGUUUCACGACUUGUUCAGCAGUACAAUUCACACAAAAGAUGAGCUCACUAUUUCUGAGAAAUUUCAAUACUUGAAAUCAUCUCUGUCUGGCGAACCAGCUCGUCUAUUGAAAAAUCUUGCAGUCACAGACGCCAACUACAAUGAGGCAUGGGAUACUCUAGUGAAACGCUACAACAAACCGAGGAACAUCGUAUUUGAUCACAUCAAGACUUUCUUUGCACAAUCCAAGAAAGUCGUCACAAAUCCCAAGGAACUUCGCCAGGCUUUCAAUACUUUCGAACAAGUGAUCAAAGCAAUGGAUGCUCUGAAUACUACCACUCGUGACCCAUGGUUAAUCCACACAGCUAUGGAAGCACUGGAUCCCGAGACCAAGAGCCUUUGGUCACGAACUCCCUUGGCUAACAAUAUUCCCACAUGGACAGAAUUUAUGGAGUUCCUUGAGAGUAGAUGCGAUUCCUGGGAGUCAUGCUACGAUGGGAAGUCUGAAAGCAAGCCUACAAAAAAUUCCUCUGCCCCCAAGGUCAACCCAACUCAGAAGUUCUCUAAGCCCUCUUCAUCAGGGAAGUCAUCUACACAAUCAGCACCUUCUACUCUCGUAACAACAGUUGAAGAGGGAAAGAAGUGUCUCAUUUGUUCUGCUGAAUAUCAUCACAUAUCUCAGUGUCCUCUUUUUCUCAAUUCACCACCAAAUCGUCGAAUUGAGCUCACAAAGGAGAAUAAAUUGUGUUUGAAUUGUCUGCGACCAUCCCAUGGAGUUCGAGAUUGUCGCUCUAGCUGGUGCAGGAAGUGCAAUUUAAAGCACAAUACUCUUCUUCACGAGGCAUAUCAGUCUACAGACAAAUCACAUCUCAAUUCUCAAGAAGUUCCAGUACCAAAAGCAGGAUCCAGUACUCAACCUCAGUCAAAUGCACUCAUCAAUCACGUGGCCCUACCCAUACAAGUGAAUCGUCAUACAAUUUUGCCAUCUGUGCAGGUCUUGGUCACAGGACAAGAUGGCCUCAAGUAUAAGUGCCGCGCUCUUUUGGAUUCCUGCUCACAAACAAAUUCAGUCUCUCGCAAUUUCGCAAACAAAUUGGCUCUACCGUUAAAGGAUUCUCAUGUUGGUGCUAUCAAGGGUAUUGGGUCAAUUUGCACAAACACACCUCAGUCAAUCACAGCGGAAAUUGAAGACAAAAACAACAUUAUUUCCAUGGUGUUGGAGUUCCUUAUGCUUGAGCACAUCACUGAUGACCAGCCAGCUGUUGAAGUCAAAAUUCAGUAUCAAAUCCCAUCGCACGUGACUUUGGCAGAUCCAGAUUUUGGCAAGCCCGGUCCAAUUGACAUGCUGUUGGGGGCCGACGUUUUCAUGAGUGUUUUGCGAAGCCGAAAAGUAGCAGGAUCUCCUACGCUUCAAGAAACAGCCUUUGGCUACAUAGUCGCUGUUUGUUUUGAAUCACAUUCGGAGUCAACAUCUUCAAUUUCUCGCUUAAUCACAUGCCUUUGUGCCACGGAAGACACUUCUCUUAACACACAAAUGGAGAAGUUCUGGACGUUGGAAGAAGUUAAGGCACAAAAACCACUCAGCGUCGAAGAGCAAAAAUGUGAAGCCCAUUUUGCCCUUUGCACCAGUCGCAAUUCAGAAGGAAGAUACGUCGUAAGACUGCCAACUCGAGAGGAUCUUCAGAAUCUGGGGGAUUCACGUUACCUAGCAGAGAAGAGAUUCCGUUGUAUUGAACGCCGUUUGCAGCGAGACGAGAAUCUCUAUAUACAAUACAGGGAUUUCAUGCGUCAAUACGAAUCACUGGGACACAUGAGGAAGUUGCCAGAGGGAUACACUUCACCAAAACCGGCAGUGUAUCUGUGUCAUCAUCCUGUCAUCAAAGAAUCUACAAGUACCCCAGUCAGAGUCGUCUUUGAUGCCUCUGCUAAAACGACCUCUGGAAAAUCAUUGAACUCAGUACUCUUAUUAGUGGGUGCAAAAACUCAAGAUGACCUGUUCGAGAUCUUGCUAAGAUUUCGGCAGCACAAUGUGAUCCUCAAGGCAGACAUACAAAAAAUGUACCGUCAGAUUAUCAUCCAUGAAGAGGAUCAGAACAUGCAGCGAAUACUAUGGAGGGAAACUCCACAGCAACCUCUUCAGACAUAUCUGCUUUCAACAGUAACCUACGGUACUGCAAGUGCCCCGUUCCUGGCUACAAGGUGCCUCCAGCAAUUGGUAACUGAUGAAGGUCAGCAUUUUCCGUGUGCAGCACCUGUAGUGGAGAGAGACUUCUAUGUCGAUGACCUCCUGACGGGAACCUCAGAUGUGGAGUCCGCGCUAUUACUCAGGCAAGAGCUCAUCUCCAUGCUACAGCGUGGAGGAUUCUCUUUGAAGAAGUGGUCAUCCAACUCAUCAGAAAUCAUGUCACAAAUUCCACAAGAAGACCAUGAAAAGAGCUCUUCACUCAGCAUGGGCGAGGAAAGUGUCAAGACGUUAGGUCUUAACUGGACUCCAAACUCUGACUGCUUCAGAUUCACCACUACAGAAUUCCAUAGUACUAUCACCAAGCGCACCAUUCUGUCGGACAUGGCGAAAAUGUUCGAUCCCCUGGGUUUUCUGGCUCCCGUUACAAUCUCAGCUAAGAUCCUUAUGCAGUCGCUAUGGAAGAUCCAGACGGAUUGGGAUUCAACUCUUGAUGCUGAAGUGUGUGAAAAGUGGCUAGUUGAAAAAGUGAUCAGUGCUCUGUCAACUCCAAUCAGUGAGAUCCACGCGUUCACCGACUCAAUGAUUGUCUUGUGUUGGAUCAAUGCAGAAUCUCGAAGGUGGCAAACAUUUGUCGCUAACAGGGUGUCUGAGAUUCAGAACACCAUUCCCGCAACCAAUUGGCAUCAUGUGACGUCCAAGGAAAAUCCCGCAGACCUUGCAUCACGUGGAGUGUCAGCCGCAGAUCUCACACAAGAUUCACUCUGGUGGAACGGUCCAUCAUGGAUCACAAGUUCAGAACUCAAUUUCGAGGCCACAGAAAUUGAAUUGCCAGAUGAUGCUCAUCUCGAAAUGCGUCAUAACGUCUCCCUUGUGACUACUCAAAAUGAUUUCUCCGAACUGAUUGGGCGUGUUUCGUCUCUUCCCAAGCUUGUGCGAAUUGUCGCAUAUUGUCGCAGAUUUAUUCUCAACACAUACCGCACGUACCAGAAGCAGAAAACGAUGUCUGGCUGUCUUUCUCCAGGAGAAUUAAGUCAGGCUCGUAUUACAAUUGUUCGUCAUGUCCAAAAGGAAUCGUUCCCCGAGGAUUAUCAGAAUCUCAGCAAGAACAACGUCGUGUCCAGACAGUCCAAACUUCGAAAUCUGAAUCCGUUUUUGGAUGAAACUGGCCUCAUACGAGUUGGCGGCAGAAUUCGACAUGCGGAUGUUCGUUAUGAUUACAAACACCCUGCUAUUCUACCACCUCAUCAUCACAUCACUCGUCUUCUUGCCUUGGAGUCACAUCACAGUACUCUUCAUGGAGGAGCUCAAAUGACAUUGUCUCACAUGCGCCAGAACUAUUGGCCACUGAGGGGAAUCGACGUGACCAAAAGAACCGUUCGAGAAUGCGUUCCAUGUUUUCGUGUGCAACCGCAAACAGCAGAACAGCUCAUGAGUGACUGUCACAUCUCAAGGGUUUCCGGAGUCCAUCCAUUUCAUCGAACUGGAGUGGAUUUCUGUGGACCAUUCCACAUCAAGCCUCCUGUACGCUCCAAGACACGUCUCAAGAUGUAUGUGGCAUUGUUCAUCUGCCUCGCAACUCGAGCAAUUCACAUAGAACUCGUCGCUGAUCUCACAACUAGUGCCUUUCUCGCAUCUCUCAGACGUUUUACAGCGCGCCGAGGAAAGCCGUUUGAGAUACUUUGCGACAACGCGACCAAUUUUGUUGGAGCGAGUCGAGAAUUGGCCGAAGUUCAACAAGUGUUUGAGUCAUCUCACAAUCAAUCUCAGAUCAUCGAGGCUUCAGCUGAACAGGGAAUCAACUUCAAGUUUAUUCCACCACGCAGCCCUCACUUCGGCGGGUCCUGGGAGUCUUCAAUUAAACGGCUUAAACAUCACUUGUAUCGGACAAUUGGACUCUCUCAUCUCACAGAACAAGAAAUGCUCACAAUUUUGGUUCAAAUUGAAGGAUGUUUGAACUCACGUCCCAUCAUGCCAAUGUCCACGGAUCCAUCAGACCUCGAAGCUCUCACUCCCGGACAUUUUUUAAUCGGACGUCCUCUCAAUGCCAUCCCAGAAGAACAGUUGACAGGAAUCCCAGAAAAUCGACUCAAAACAUGGAAGCUCGUUCAACAAAGACUACAAUUCUUUUGGAAAAGGUGGGCUACAGAGUAUUUACACACUCUGCAACAACGCAAGAAGUGGACCACACUUUUCCCGUCUCUGCAGCCAGGUGCCCUUGUCAUCAUCAAAGAAGAUCACUUGCCGCCAAUGAAAUGGAGUCUAGGACGAAUCGUCAAGUGUUACCCAGGAGCAGAUGGCAACGUCAGAGUUGCUUCCGUCAAAACCUCAUCAGGAGAAUACACAAGGGCAAUCGUCAAGCUUUGCCCACUUCCCAUACCAGAAUCAUCUUAA